AUGUGGGAAAAAAUGUUUUUGUCAUUUUCUGCAAAAAGAAAUUUAAAAUCCAUAUGUAAUUGUGCUGUUAACGUUGACACGAUACCUAGCAUACACGGAUUAAAAGCUUUAAGCAUGGCUUGGGUCAUAUUAGGUCAUACCUGUAUCGUCAUUUUUAAAUAUUCAGAUAAUAUGGAAUUUAGAACGGCUGCAGAAAAAGAAUUUAUAGUUCAAACAAUAACAAACGGUACAUUUUCCGUCGACACAUUUUUUUUCAUAAGCGGGUUGUUGGUAUCGUUUUUAUAUUUUAGAACUACGGCAAAAGUUGAUGUUGAUAGUUUGACGGGAGCAAAAGGGAUAAAAUCAAACAUUUUACAAUUUAUAGGAUUGUUGGCUUACAGAUAUGGAAGGCUCACGGCUCCGUACAUGUUUGUAUUGGGUGUGGUACAAGUUUCGAUGAAAUCUUUUUAUUACAAUUCAGUUUUUGAUUCUCCCACUUUGGAUCAUAGAAAUUGUCCUAAUUAUUGGUGGAGAAAUGCUUUGUACAUAAAUACACUAUUUCCGGUUAACGAAAUGUGCAUGCUCUGGAGUUGGUACCUAUCGGACGAUACUCAAUUUUACGUUUUAGGAAUUAUUUUAUUAAUUUUAGCUCUCUCACGUUUCAAAAUGGCCGCAGUUAUUUAUUUUAUUUGUUUAGCAAGUUCUUGGGUGACUACAGCAUAUAUCGCCUAUUCAAAUAAUCACAUGCCCAGUCAAGAUGAUCCUCUCGCACUUUUCGAUAAAAUCUACGAUAAACCUUGGACGAGAUUAGGACCUUAUUUGAUAGGAAUGGGUGUCGGUUGGAUUCUUUAUAAAACAAAUUGUAAAAUAAAAAUGAAUAAAAUUUCAUUAAUAUUAGGAUGGUUAAUAUCUCCGUUAGUUAUGCUGAUAUUAGUCUACGGUCUUUACGAAGUUAAUUUAGAUUUAUUAACAAGUUCUGCUUAUUCAUCAUUGAGUCACACGGCAUGGGCAUUAGGAUUGGCAUGGAUAGUUAUCGCCUGUUCAACAGGUUAUGGUGGUUUUGCAAAUAAAAUAUUAUCAUCGAGCAUAUUAUAUCCGUUUAGUAGAGUUACAUAUUGUGCAUAUUUAAUACAUCCCCUAGUUAUUAGAUUUAUGAUAAUUAAUUUGGACAGUCCGUUGCAUCUUAAUAAACAAGUAACGUUGUUUUUAUUUUUUGGACAAAUUGUUGCUUCCUAUAUAUUAUCAUUUAUAAUAUCAUUAUUAUUCGAAGCACCGCCUGUUGCACUUUUAAGAAUUAUUUCACCUACAAGAUCUUCUUGA